AGUUUCAGUUCAAUACUUCACAUCAAUGGCGUCGACUUCGCGAUCAGCUUCGCCGCUCAGCGUCUAUCUCUGCCUCUGUCUCUGUCUCGCUGCAGAGGGGCUGCGUCUGCGUGGACAGCAGCUGCUGCCAGGCGAGUCAGCCGAGGGGAUGCAGCUGCACUCCAAUCCGAAACUUAUCCAGGGGCGCGUGGUGGGUGGACAGCAGGCACCGAUGGGCACUUGGCCCUGGAUUGUCUCGCUGCAGAAUCAGUUCGGGUUCCCCUUCUGCAGUGGCGUCAUUAUCGAUGACUAUUGGAUUCUGACCGCCGCCAGCUGCGUGUCUGGCCUGCGUCCACGCAACUUGGUUGCCAUAGCGGGCACUGUCAGCUCCUGGAACAACACGGCGCCGGGCUACUAUGUGGACCAGAUACACGUCCAUUGUAACUUUGAUAAGCCGCUUUAUCACAACGACAUUGCGCUGCUGCACUUGUCGGGGGCCAUCGAGUACAAUGCACAUGUGGCCAAGGCAACGCUCUCGGAGAUCGAUGAGCUGCAGGAGGGCGAGCGUUUAACCUUUGCAGGCUGGGGCACCGAAUGGGCCGGUGGCACCAACUCGCAGUACUUGCUGCAGUCGCAGGGCAACUAUUUGCCCGUGACCGAGUGCCGCAAGGUGCUGCAAAACGACGACGACGUGGAUCUGGGUCAUGUGUGCGUCAAGAUGGAGGCGGGCAAGGGCGUCUGCCAUGGCGACUCCGGCGGACCACUGGUCAACGCCCAGCAGCAGCUGGUGGGCAUCGGCAAUUGGGGCGUGCCCUGUGGCCUCGGCUAUCCGGAUGUCUACAGUCGCGUGGCCUUCUACAACGAUUGGAUACGCACCAUCACAAUAGGCUGCGGCAAGACUAUUGCCUAGGCCAUAAGUCCAUUAUCAGCUCUUGAUUUCUAGUUGCCUCAAUAAAAGUUAUGGGAUUUUCAUGUAUCGAACAACAA